UCUUUGAUCAUCUUUUAUUUGCAGCUUCUGAAUGGAAGAGUUCUCCUUUCCGGCGCAAAUCCUUGACAUCUGGAUCCGAACUUCAGCAUAUUAGAUUAGCAUCCUUCCUUUCCGGCGAAGUCUCUUCCGGUAACUUAGUUCCAGCGACAAGUCCACUUCUUGCAAGCUUGUCGUCAUUGUCACCGCUGGGUCCAACAUCCUAUAGUUUAUCUCUGUGUUGAGCGAAUUUAAUUGCAGUUCGAACUCCUGCCUCCGCGCGGUAGGAGCUAGGCUUUCGACCGCGAGGCUACGGAUCCGGACGCUUAUAUUUUCAUUUCAUUUCAUUCUCCUCCUACCUAACGGUGCACGGUUGCCCCUAGUUCUUCAUGGCUUCCGCUCCACUCCCGGGAUCCGGAGCGGUCUUCCGUGGUUACAACUUUGCCAACACGUGGGAACAGAAUGCCCCUUUGACGGAGGAGCAGAAGGCUGCGGUAACAUCGUUGUCCCUUGCUGUUGCUGAGCGCCCCUUUCCGCCUAAUUUGGCCCAAGAGCAGAACUUGGGGAAGGAUGGAAGUGCAGUGGUUUCACCUGGUGAUGCCGUGAAAGAAGCUGGGAUCAAUGUGGUUCUGGUCAAUACUCAUCAGUUCUACAAGUGGUUCACAGAUUUGGAGUCGGCCAUGAAGUCAGAGACAGAGGAGAAAUAUCGUCUCUAUGUGAACACAUUGAUGGAACAUAUUCAGAUAUGUGAUGGAAUACUUGAACAGGUGGAUGAGACCCUUAAUUUAUUUAAUGAAUUACAAACGCUUCAACAAUCUGUUGCUACAAAAACAAAGACAUUGCAUGAUGCAUGUGAUCGGUUGCUUCUGGAAAAGCAACGCUUGAUAGAUUUUGCUGAAGCUCUUCGGAGUAAGCUGAACUAUUUUGAUGAAUUGGAGAACGCUUCUUCCAAUUUCUAUUCACCAAACUUGAGUAUUGGGAAUGGGCAGUUUCUUCCUUUGCUGAAACGCCUUGAUGACUGCAUAUCGUAUGUUGAAAGCAAUCCACAAUAUGCAGAAUCGGCAGUGUACCUAGUGAAGUUUCGACAGCUUCAGUCCCGUGCAUUAGGUAUGAUAAGAUCCCAUGUACUUUCAAUUCUCAAAAGUGCUGAUGCCCAGGUUCAAGCUGCUAUUCGAGGUAGUGGUUCUAAUAAAGCAUCUGUAGCAGAAGGAGUUGAAGAAUCUGUUAUUUAUGUACGUUUUAAAGCAGCAGCUAGUGAGCUCAAACCUAUUUUAGAGGAAAUCGAAAGUAGGUCUUCAAGGAAGGAAUAUGCUCAUAUUUUAACAGAUUGCCACAAAAUGUAUUGCGAACAGAGACUAUCCUUGGUAAAAAGUAUAGUGCAUCAGAGGAUAUCGGAAUUUGCUAAGAAGGAGGCCUUGCCCUCAUUGACUAGAUCUGGAUGUGCAUAUCUAAUGCAGGUUUGCCAGCUUGAACAUCAACUGUUUGACCAUUUCUUUCCAUCCUCUUCGACAGAUGUCUCUAAUAUGGCCCCGCUAAUAGAUCCGCUGUGCACAUAUUUAUAUGAUACUCUGCGCCCUAAAGUGAUAUAUCAAGCAAAUCUCGAUUCUCUUUGUGAGCUUGUUGACAUCCUAAAAGUUGAAGUGUUAGGAGACCAACUUAAUAGACGGGGUGAGUCACUUGCAGCAUUACGUCCUAUCCUGCAAAGAAUACUAGCAGAUGUUCAUGAAAGGUUGACAUUUUGUGCACGAACUCAUAUCCGUGAUGAGAUAGCAAAUUAUCGUCCUUCUGAUGAAGACCUCGAUUACCCUGCAAAGCUGGAACAGCAUGCUGUGAAAGCAUCGGACACCACUGUCGAUGAUAACUCGACCAUUUUUGGCACAUGGUAUCCAUUGUUGGAGAAAACAGUGUCAUGCCUAUCAAAGUUAUACCAUUGCCUAGAACCUGGUAUUUUUACAGGUUUAGCUCAGGAAGCAGUAGAAUUUUGUUCAAUUUCCAUACAGAAUGGAAGCAAAAUCAUAACAAAAAAGUCUUCUCCAAUGGAUGGGCAGCUUUUUCUUAUCAAGCACCUCCUUAUUUUAAGGGAACAGAUCGCGCCUUUUGAUAUUGAGUUUUCUGUUAUUCACAAGGAGUUGGAUUUCUCUCAUUUGCUGGAACAUUUGAGAAGGAUUCUGAGAGGUCAGGCUUCUCUGUUUGACUGGUCAAGAUCAACUUCUUUUGCUAUGACCUUAACUCCUCGAAUUCUCGAAAGUCAGAUAGAUGCUAAAAAGGAGUUAGAGAAAAGUCUCAAAACUACAUGUGAGGAUUUCAUAAUGUCUGUCACGAAGCUGAUUGUUGACCCCAUGCUUUCCUUUGUUACAAAGGUGACAGCAGUGAAAGCUGUGCUGUCUUCAGGUGCUCAGGAUAAGAAAGAGGAUUCUGUUUUGGCAAAACCACUGCGUUCUUACGCAUUUGCUGCUCCUGAGAGGAUCGUCGAACUAACUCAAAAGGUUGGUGACAAUCUUCAGCAAGAAUUACCAAAAGUAAUGGCAAAAAUGAAGCUCUAUUUGCAGAACCCAACAACCAGGAUGAUUUUAUUUAAACCAAUAAAAACAAAUAUUGUGGAAGCUCAUGUUCAAUUUCAGUCGCUGAUCAGGUCUGAAUACUCACCUGAAGAAAUGCAAAAUUUUGGCUUGGUUUCCAUCCAACAUCUUCAAUCUCAGAUUGACAACCUUCUCUAGGAGAAAUUAUUCUGUGCGAACACCGGAAGGUCCAAAGGCCAAUCAGAACACGCCACAUCAUCUGGUACCCAGCAGUACACAGUACCGGUACCGAGGAAAAAAAUGGCAUUACUCGUUCUGAUUUGACCUCUAGAUGGCGUCCGGUGUCCGCACAAAAUAAUUUAUCCUUAUGUAGACACAUAAAACACAUUCCCCACAGCACCAAAUUUUCCUACAGGCUCAUGUUGUAAUUCAUUUGCACUAUUUUUACACUUGUUCGACAAUUUUAGAAAGAUAUAUCCAUGUUUUGGUUUCAUUUUCUUCUAACUUUGUAAAUUUUUCCAUCUUCUGUAAAUAGGAGGGAGAGUUGAUUACUAUAUUGAGUAUGUUUACUUCCUGAGA